AUGGGCAAGGUGAUUCUCUCCGUCAACGCCGGCAGUUCGUCUGUCAAGGUGAAUGUUUACAGUCUCGAGAAUCCGCCGGUCGAGAUCGCGGCAGCAAAUGUCAGCGGACUGACAGCCCCGCCAAGUAUCUUCAAAUACAACCACGGCUCCAGCCAUCAAAAGCACGAGAUCGAAGAACGGAUAAAGAGCCCCCAGGAGGCGUUCAAAUAUAUACUGAAGAGGCUUCUACAUGACGAGGAAUUGCAGGUCGUCGGUAGCAAUGCUGAUUACGCCUAUGUCUGCCACAGAGUGGUGCAUGGCGGCGACCUGGAAGCAGAAGUUGUAAUCCAUGAGAAGACGUUCAGCUAUCUCGAAACACUGCAGGACCUGGCUCCGUUACAUAAUACUUCAGCUUUGGAGAUUAUCAAGACAUGCCUUGAGGAGGUACCGUCCGCAAAAUCGGUGGCAUAUUUUGAUACCACAUUCCAUCAAUGCCUCCCAGAAUACAUCAAAGCCUAUCCUAUCAAUCCGGAAAUAGCCAAAUCAAAGAUGUUGAGAAAAUACGGCUUUCAUGGGAUUAGCUUCUCAUUCAUACUGCGGUCUGUAUCGGAAUUUUUGAAGCAGCCGAUCUCGAAAACAAACAUGAUCGCACUGCAUCUCGGAAGCGGUGCUUCCAUAUGUGCUAUCCGAAAUGGCAAGUCGAUAGAAACUACGAUGGGUCUAACCCCACUGUCUGGCCUUCCCGGCGCAACUAGAAGCGGAGACAUUGAUGCGAGUCUUGUUUUCCAUUAUACAUCUGAGGCUGGCAAGCUAAGCUCCUCAAGCACUAAAGAAAUGCAUAUCAGCAAGGCAGAAGAAAUUCUCAACAAACAGUCAGGUUGGAAAGCGUUGACCGGCACCACCGACUUUUCCCAGAUUGGAACUGAAAAUCCGCCAAGCGAGAUGCAUAAGCUGGCUUUUGAUAUCUUUGUCGACCGUAUCGUUGGCUUUAUUGGUAAUUAUUUCGUCAAACUAGACGGAAAUAUCGACGCUAUGGUAUUUGCGGGGGGUAUUGGCGAACAAGGUGCCCUCCUGAGAAGGGUGAUAGUAGAGAAGUGUCGAUGCCUUGGAUUUGCUAUGGAUGAUCGAGCAAAUUCGGCAGGUAUUGCAAAGAAGGAUCAAACGGUGAUAGACAUAUCUCAAAAUUCCAGCCAGCGGCCCGCUGUCCUGAUCUGUCAGACUGACGAGGCGUUUGAGAUGGCAUAUCAAUGCAUGAAUAAGCCACCCCGAGAAGAGCCACCAAAUAUCUAA